AUGAAUCAAAAAAUAGUCCAUAAAGAAUAUGAUACAGAUGAAGAUUAUUUCUAUGAUACAAACGAAAUUACUUAUGAUCAAGAUCAAGAUUUCACAGAAAAUUUAAUGAAGUUUAAGAGAGAUACCGGAAAGAUAAAUUACGAUACCGAUAAAGGCUAUGAAUCAAAACAUGGUUUAAUCUACUUUCAUGGUGGUACAUAA